UACAGUAUUUUUUGUUUUCUAAUCUGUGAGUUGUGAACUGUAUUUUUCGAUUCUUAGUUUUCACUUUCCACUAAAUAUUGCUUUAUUUGGUAUUCAAAUUUUUAGACACAAUUUAGAAAUAUACGUAAACUUUAUUUAAGUCACAAUGCUAUUAACGAAUGUUUUAUUAAAGAAAGCUAAAAGCAAACACAUAAUGGUUUUAAUGGAGAGUGUAGUAUCUGGGCAUAAAUUCAAUUCAAUACGAGAGAGGCUUGGGGAUAAAUUGGAACUAAUUCGCUUUGACCCAUAUAUCCAACAUGAAAGUCUCUAUAAGGAAAGGAAGAAAAUAAGGAGUAUUAAAAAGUAAUAAGGAUAAAGGAAGUUUAAAAAAUUGUGUACACAUUCUAA